GCAUAUUCCGUCAAUCCGUGCGUACUUCCACUUUCCAGUUCCAACUAUAAUAUUAUUAGGUCAAAUACAUGUAUUUAGCCUUUUUGAUGGACUGAAAUUGCAUUAAUUUGUUAAAAAUGGCUCAUAUUCCAACUGGAUUGGUUUCGCAUUCAAGAAAAGUUUGCAACUUUUACAAACGCGUUAUACGCCACAUUGAGAGUAUUAACCAUGAGUUGGAUGAAAUCAGAUAUCAAGCAGUCUUAAUGAGAUCUCAAUUUGACAAAAACAAGGAUAUCAAAGAUUUCAGAGUAGCUAAAAAGUUAUUAUGCAAUGGUGAAGAAGAACUUUUUCUGAAACAACAUUGGCAAUACAAAAAGUUCCCUGAAUCACCCGGUGGAGUUGCUUAUCAAAGAGAACAUCCUCUCCCAGAUUCUUUAUUAGAUUAUUGGGAUCCAAUUGAAAAAGCUAAAUAUCCAAAAUAUUUUGCUCUUCGAGAGAAAAGAAAAUUAGAAUAUGAAGAGUUUUAUAAAAAAGAAUAUGAAAGGAAAACUUCAUAAUAAACAUUGCUAGUUGUUACUGAACAUCAAAUAUUAGCAGAUUUUUAGUUGAAUUUAUUAUUAAAUAUGUUAUGAGUCUGCGCUAAAUAUAUAUUAAAAAUUUGGUGAAACAUUGUUUUAUUUUCUUAACAGAUUCGCCAAC